GGCCGGGGCACGGCGGGGGCGGCCGCGGGGGCUGGGGGGCAGAGGCGGCGGUGGGAAAGCGGAGGGUGAUGCUGAAGGGAGCCCCGGGAGCUGCCCCGGGUGUCGCAGCUGCUGCCGGGGUGGAGCUGCAGUGACUUCGGGGUGGCUUCGUGCUUUCCCGAGGGAGUCGGGGGCUCCUGAGCAUCCCCGGGGAGCCGCGCUUGUGCCGGCCCUGCGGAGCACUGGGAGGUCAGGCCACUCGCAGAGGGUUCUGCUGUGUCUGCAGCGGUUGUUCUCCUUGGCUUUGCUUGUUUUCAGGUUACUUUACUUCCAGUGCAUGCGGACGGACGGAUGGGAGCGGGGCUUUUGGGAGAGCGGUGGGUCUGGGGUCCCGCGGGACUGUGCCCCCCCUCCGGAGCUGCUCUGGGGUGGAGGGGUUUGGGGAGACUCCCUGUAUGUCUCCGAGUACUUCUCUCAGAGCGCACAGAAGCUCUCCUUCUACAGCUGGUAUGGGAACGCCAAGCUCUUCCACUUCCACGUGCCCGAGGACACCGUGCUGCUCCGCUGGCUGCUGCAGGCAUCCCGGGGGAAAGGCCCCGAGUGCACCAGCAUGGAGAUCACUGUGCACUUUCGGCACGGAGCCCCUCCCGUCAUUAACCCUUUGGGCACUCGCUUUCCUGCCAACGCCACCGUCCGUCCCUCCUACAACAUCAGCAUCACCCUGAGCGGCGCUGUGCAAAACACCACCUUCGUGAACGUCAGCACCCCCGCUGCUGGGGACUGGUUCAUCGCUGCCCACCUGCCCCAGGCUGCGGGCAGGAUCGAGGUCAAGGGUUUCUCCACUCCAUGCCCCUAUAUGUUCCAGGCAGAUAUGUUUGUGCUCAGACUCACUGAUAUGCCUGUCCUGGAGCCUGGUGUCCCCAUGCCACACACCGUUGUCUCGCCUGCUAAGCCACUGCAUGUCAAGGUCUUCGUUCCCAAGCACGCCGCAGGGAUGCGGUUCCAGCUGAGCAGCUGCGUCACCAGCGAGCAGAGAGCCUGCACUGUGCGGGUGCUGCUGGGCUCCAUCACCCUGCCCCAGUCCUUCCAGAGGAGCCUCACCUGCACGGGGAGCAUCAACUGCAGCCUGGCCCUGGAGUCACCGCCCUGGGAGAAGUGGCUGCAGAUCAUGGUGGAGAGUCUCGGCACUGCCAAUGCCAGCGUGUCCGUGGAGAUGUUGGCUUCUUUCACAGUUUGCAGACCAGGAAGCACCAGUUCCUUCCUUAACUUCAUCAGCCUAAACCAGAGCCAGGCUGGUGCCAGACCAGGGGCAGCAGGCAGCUCUGCCCCAGCUGCAGGAGAGGCUGCACGCAACACGUCCGGCCAGCGCAGCUCCUGCCUGCAGAGCCAGCCCGUGGUGAGGGAGGACCUGGACGUGGUGUCCGUGCGCUACCGGCUCCUGAACGGCCCCAGCGUGCCCGUGAGCCCCCUGGCCCCCACCCUGCUCCUGCUCAACCUCAACACGGGCAUGGACAGCGGGGGAGCCCUCGUGGUCAGUCUGCUGCUCAACAAGACGUCUGUGAGCCUGGCCAAUGCCACCGUGGCAGCCUGUGUGAGUGCUGCUUCUCCAGUGCUGUCCCUCAACGCCACACAGAACUGCAGCACAGCUUUCUCCCAGGGCUACCCUCUGAGCGUGAGCACGUCCUCUGCAGAAGCCAUGCUGAUUGUCCUGUACCCACAGACUGAUGACUGGUUCCUGUCCCUGCAGCUCCUCUGCCCCAAGGGACAGGGGGAAUGUGGCGGUGCCGAAGGCAAAGUGACGGUGUUCGCGUACCUCACGCCCUGCUUCAACGACUGCGGGCCCUACGGGCAGUGCAGCCUCCUGCGCAGGCACGGCUACCUCUACGCUGGCUGCAGCUGCAAGGCUGGCUGGGGCGGCUGGAGCUGCACAGAUGACACCAAGGCCCAGACUGUGGGCACACAGAACUUGGCCACGCUCCUGCUCACCCUGAGCAACCUCAUGUUCCUGCCCGCCAUUGCAGUCGCUGUCUAUCGCUUCUACCUGGUGGAGGCUUCUGUCUACACCUACACCAUGUUCUUCUCCACGUUCUACCACGCGUGUGACCAGCCGGGCGUGGCCGUGAUGUGCAUCAUGGACUACGACACCCUGCAGUACUGCGACUUCCUGGGCUCCGUGGUGUCCAUCUGGGUCACCAUCCUGUGCAUGGCCCGCCUCAAGAAGAUCCUGAAAUACGUCCUUUUCAUCUUGGGGACCCUGUUAAUUGCCAUGUCCCUGCAGCUGGACCGCAGAGGGGUGUGGAACAUGAUGGGUCCCUGCCUCUUCGCCCUGCUCAUCAUGGUUACAGCGUGGGUUCACCACGGAGCAAAGCGCAGGCACUGCUAUCCCUCCUCGUGGAAGCGCUGGGUUUUCUACCUCCUCCCAGGAAUCACCUUGGCUUUCAUUGCCAUCUCAGUGUACGCCUUCAUGGAAACCAAUGAGAACUACUACUACACCCACAGCAUCUGGCACGUGCUGGUGGCUUGCAGCGUCGCUUUCCUGCUCCCUCCUCGGGACAAGCAUAAGAAGCCCUGGGCCUGGUCCCAGAAGCUCACGUGUCGCUAUCAGAUCUGCCAGAACGACCGUGAGGAGCUCUAUGCUGUCACCUGACCUGUCCUGGCUGCAGGGGUGGAGGGAUGGGGAGGCUGCUCCCGGCCGUGGCUGCCCCUCGCACGUCGGCAGCCCUCUCACGUGCUCGUCCCCUGGGCAGGAGGGCGCAGCGUGGACUGGGUUUAAAGGUGAAGAUGGUCUGGGAUGGUCUUGUGGAGGCAAGUUUGAGGCCACCUCUGCUUUUCUGCUGGGGUGGGGCAGGCUGUUCAUGGUUCCAGAUCGAGGAAUAGCUUGUCCCCCACCUCCCCACAGCCCUGGGGGAAAUCGCCAACCCUUCUUCCCCCGCUGCUGCAUCCAUGAGGCUUGGGCUUAGCCCACACUGAGCUGGAGCCAAGGCUUUGGCUGCUGGGCUCUUCUCUGCACCCCAUCCUGGUAGAGGAUGUGGGACAGGAACCUCCCCUGCCAUCCUGCAGUCAGCACUUGAACCCAAGAGAAGAGCACGUUUCUUCUGCUCUGGGGAGCAAAUGCUGCCGAGUGCCCUUGGUGCUGAUGGGGAGGGAGGGAGCUGAUCCCAGCAUGUCUGGGCCCUUGGCUGCCAUCUCCUUGGAGGUCUGGAGCCUCUCUCCCUCUGAAACAGGUGCUGCUGCUCUUACCUGGUCCUGAUUCUGUGGGAGAAGAAUGAGGCUGGGACUUGGGCCCUGGAUUCAGGAUCAGACUGGGCAGGAAUGUGAAAAACCCAUGUGGGGACAUGCAGGAGACAGCAGCAGCAUGUGAAACCCACAGCAGUGCAGGGUUUAGUCUAACUUCAGCUCUGGAAGGAGCCAGGCUGAUGGUGUUCAGGGAUUCACUGUUUUCCUCCUUUUGGGGGGUGUGGCAUGGGCAGGGCUCUCUCUGGGGUGGCACAGGUGGUUCGGGAUGGUGCCUGAGCUGCUCCUCCAGCCUGCUGUGCCUCGGAGCCUGGAUGUGCUGCAGGCUCCUGAGGCCUCAGCAGUCCCAGCCCAGCCAGGAGCAUCACCAGGGGCUCCCCGGCUGGCCAGGGUCUCCUCUGCAGCGUGUCUCACCUUAGCCUUACUCCAGGGCACGCAGACAGCAAGGGCAGAACUUGGCUACCAGGGAAGUUGUCUUUGCCCAUCCUUCUUCUACAGAUAAGGGCUUAACUCCAUCCUUCCAGCUGUGUCAGCCUGGUGUGUGCUGCUGGGAGCCCCUCCUCAGGUGGCUUUGGGGAGGAAAGAGCUUUUAAUGAAGGAUUUGCCUCUUCGGGGUUCUUCCUCUGCUUUGAAGGGCACCCAGCUCAGCUGUGCACUUUAUCCCUCUGCCUCCCCUUCCUCUGCAAAGUCCCCCUUUUUAAGCAGGCUUAAGGACAAGUGAGGGACACUUGUCCACACCCAGCAGUGUCAUCCCCCCGCCACCCAUGCCCCCUGCCUUUCCUUGUGCUGCUGCCAUCCAGGGAAGGGGGACAUGGGGCCCUCAGGGCUUCCUCCAACUUUUACCACUUUUAGGCACUUUUUUUGUCCCCUGUCUCGGUUUGCACAGCGGUGCUGAGGCCCCAGCACCUGGCAGGGGGCCACCGCUCCUUCAUAGCCGUGCCGUCCAUGCCGGGCCACCAGUGGGACCUGGGUGCCACCAGACUGGUCUGGGUGCUGCCAGCGUGACCCGGGUGCUGCCAGUGGGACCUGGGUGCCACCAGUGUGACCUGACUGCUGCCAGUGUGACUUGGGUGCCACUGGUGUCACCUGGGUACUGCCAAGGUGACCUGUGUGCUUCCAGUGUGACCCAGGUGCUGUUGGUGCGACUCAGGUGCUGCCAGUGUGGCCCAGGUGCCACCAGUGUGACUUGACUGCUGCCAGUGUGACCUGGGUGCCACCAGGGUGGCCCAGGUGCCCCCAGUGUUGACCUGGGUGCUGCUAGCAUGACCCAGGUGCCACCAGUGUGACCUGAUGCCACUGAUAUGGCCAGGCAUUGCUGGUUAUCAUAGAAAGCAAUAAUUCCUCAUCGGGCCUUUCCCUUCAGGGAUUUCCAUGCUGGAAGCAGGAGAAGCUUUGGGGCAAGAAAUCCCGCUGACAUGAUUGUUUAUUUUAUGUUUGAUCAUUCAUUUUUGCUUUGCCCCCUCCCUGCUGACCCGGCCUUGGUGCCUGCAGCAGGGAGGGUUAAUUAUUUUGGGUAAAAUCUGAGCAAAUUCCUGUGUCUGGGGAAAAAAAAAAAAAGAAAAGAAAAAGGUUAUUUUUUUUUCUUUGCUGUUAAUACCUGUGAUUAUUUUAUACGGUAAAUUUUAAAGCUUACGGUUUUAUAAUUUAAUAAAGGUGAUGGUAUUUGCGGGCA